AUGGCAUUGCAAAUGUUACUGUUUCGAAUGCUUGUGUUAGUCAUGUGCUCAGUCAAUGCAUUCGCGCGAGCAUCGAACGUAAUAAGCACAUCAUGUCCACAAGACUGUGGGAAUAACGUUAGCAUUCCAUACCCUUUUGGAAUCGGAAAAGAUUGCUACGUCGGAGAUUGGUUUGAAAUAGUCUGCAGAAAUGACUCUUAUAAUGAUCCGGGAUUUCCAAAAGUACCCUUUUUGAAGAGGUUCGACCUGGAGGUGCUGGAGAUUAACAUAGAUUUCCUAGGCACAGUUCGCGUCAGCUAUCCCAUAUUUUCGAGCUGUACCGGUGGCACGAACAGCACAAAUAAUCUGAAGUUAGAGAAAAGUCCUUUCGCCUUCUCCGCCAACGAGAAUAGCUUCGUUGGCAUGGGUUGCAGCAACUCUGCCUCGUUGCAAAUACGGUCCUUGCACGAUGACACGUUGUCAUUUAGUGGGUGCACAACCCCUUGUGACAGAGGUCCAUUCACAAAUGGAAGGUUUUGCAACGCCACAAACUGUUGCCAAAUUACAAUCCCUUUUAAUCUCCAAGCAUUCAAUACAACUAUAGAGCCGAAAAGUAGUGAGUACUGCAACUAUGCAUUUUUGGUUGACCAGAAUUGGUUUGAGAACAAUUUCACAGAGUUAUCAGAGUUAUCAACGAAUCCAAACAUGUCUGUUCCAGUGGUAUUGGAUUGGGGGAUAGACAAUACAUCUUUCUAUUCUCUUCCCAUACGGAAAAACUCGACGGCAAGAGAAUACAAGAACUCGACCUAUUCUUGUGGUUGGCGGUAUAUUACUCUUGGGAAUGGCACUCAAAACUAUACUAACUUGUGCGGGUGCCGGAGUGGCUAUAGAGGAAAUCCGUAUCUUCUUGGAGGAUGUGAAGAUAUUGACGAAUGUGCAGACCCUGACCUCAACACUUGUGCACAUACACGCUGUGAAAAUACAGAAGGUUCUUUCCAUUGUGUUGUUGCUAAGAACAUCAAGCUUUUCAUAAUCAUUGUCAAAUAUAUAGGUGUUAGCGCAAGCCUUGGUGUCUUAUUUCUGAUUUUUGGUGGAUGGUGGUCAUACAAAGUGAUAAAGAAAAGGAUGAGGAUUAAACGCAAGGAGAAGUUAUUCAAACAAAAAUGUGGACUACUACUAGAGCAACAAAUAUCUACAAACAGCAAAGACAAAGUUGAGAACACAAAAUUGUUUAAUUCAAAGGAAUUGGAGAAGGCCACUGAUCGUUUUUGUGCAGAUAGAAUAAUUGGACAUGGUGGACAAGGCACUGUUUACAAAGGUAUGUUGGCUGAUGGAAGAAUUGUUGCAAUAAAAAAGUCCAACGUAAUUGAUGAAGAGAAACUUCAAGAAUUCCUAAAUGAAGUCGUGAUUCUUUCACAAAUUAAUCACAGGAAUGUGGUUAAGUUGCUUGGCUGUUGUUUGGAAACAGAAGUUCCACUUCUAGUUUAUGAAUUCAUUCCUAAUGGAACUCUUGCCCAAUAUCUCAAUGGCCAAAAUGAGGAGUUUCCACCAACAUGGGAUAUGCGUUUACGAAUUGCUAUAGAAGUUUCAGGGGCUCUUUUCUACUUACAUUCAGUAGCUUCUUCACCAAUUUACCAUCGCGACAUUAAGUCUACAAACAUCCUCUUAGAUGACAAGUAUAGAGCAAAAGUAGCAGAUUUCGGAAUUUCAAGAUCUGUUGCUAUCGAUCAAACUCAUCUAAGCACACUAGUACAUGGAACUUUUGGAUAUAUAGACCCUGAGUAUUUUUUGUCAGGCCAGUUUACAGAUAAGAGUGACGUUUAUAGUUUUGGUGUUGUUCUUGUUGAGCUCUUGACCAGAGAAAAAGCUAUCUCAUCAUCAAGAACCAGAGAUAUCAAAAGUUUAGCUGCAUUUUUCGUUAGUUCGAUGGAAGGGAACAAUUUAUUUGACAUCCUUGAUAAUCAAGUCUUGAAUGAAGUAGAAAAAGAAAAAAUCAUUACAGUUGCAAACCUUGCAAAAAGAUGCUUGAACUUGAACCGAAAGGAUCGACCUUCAAUGAGAGAAGUUGCAAGGGAAUUGGAGGCCAACCAAAUGUCGCCAAAAGUUUCUAAUCUUCAAGAGAAAUAUGGAGAGAUUUGAAGAUGUCGGAACUAAAAUAUCCAAGGAAUAUGAUGUUGUUUCUAUAUCAACAACAUCAGGUAUGGAUGGUAUAUUCGCGACCUCAUCUUUAGAUUCAUAGCCAUUUUUAGUAUCUUCUUAAUCAUCAAGUGAUGUUACACUUGAUUUGUGUUGUAUUGUUUGUUCAAUUUCAUCUUGUAAGCUACAUAAUUUGCAGUUUUCAUUAUUUAACAAAGAUAAUCUUAUAUAUGGUAGUAUAAAGCAUAAACGUCCACUAAUUUUC